UAUUUUGGAUCAGGUGGCGUAAGUGACGCGUCCCUUUAAAUGUGUCGUGAGACAUGAACAGAAAAACAUUAAUGCGGUGUGAGUUGAAGAGUGAGCCUUUUGGUGUAUCAUCUGUGUAAACGAGAAUAAUCUGUGCUUCACUAAAUCUAGGGAUUUGACUCAAUCAAGAUGCUGCUGAUCAUUGAAGCUCUUCUCAUUUUAGCUGCUCUAGGACAGGAUCACAGAGCAGCUGUUGAAGGACAGAUAUUUCCACUGGAUAUGGCACAGAAUUCUGUUGAUGACCAGUAUGAUGGCUGUACUAUGGAAAUGGAGAAUCUGGUGGAGAAAUUUCUAGAGAAGGAAAGAUCUGGAUCGGCUGAAUUUAAUAAGACUUGGCAAGAAGGUGAAGAGAAUGCAAAGAAAGCAGAGGAUAACUUGCAGCAGAUUCAUUCAGUCGCUAUUCAUGUUUACACUAACAAAGACUCUAGAGUAUAUAGUAAUUUCACUAGUGCCACUCGCACUGACAAACAGAAAUACAGAGAGGGAACAUUCACGUGGUAUUCACUUCACUUUCUGUUAACAGAAGCGAUACAGAUUCUGAAGAAAACACAAAAGAGAUGUUAUGUAACUUAUCGUGGUACAAAUGUUAAAUUUGAUGUUAAGAGCAAAGAGGUUCGUUUGAGUUCAUUUUCAUCCUCCUCUCUUGAUCGAACAGUAAUACAGGGUUUUGGAAAUAAAUCUUGUUUUGAAAUCUACACGUGUGAAGGUGCAAAUCUGACAAAAUACUCCAAGUAUCCCAAUGAGGAAGAGGUGCUGAUUCCUCCAUACGAGAAGUUUGUUGUCACUGCUGUCAAAAACAGGACAGAUCAGCCCGAUCUCUGGUGUGAAACUGUGUUUGUGUUGAACAGCACUGGAAAAAGUGACCUGAGUUGUGUAUUGUUUAACAGUGGCAACCAUGCUGCCUUCUUUAAUUUUCUACUAAUUUUGCAAAUAUUAUUUUGCAAAGUGUUAACCUGCUAACCGGUAUAUUUUACAUUUCACUUUAUUAUUAAACUUUGAAUUUCUUGUCAUACUUAAUCACAUUUGAUAUUCCAGGAACAGUAUAAUACUAUUUAGUACUGAUGGGAGUAAAGAAGUUUUUUUUUUUUUUUUUUUCUAAAAUUAAAAUGUAUUUAAUAUUUUUGAUUUGUACAAAUAAACUUUGGUUUAAAAGAAUUUUAUUUAUUUUUUUUUAUUUUUUUUUAAUUUAGCAUUUCGACACUUGGUACUAUAAUGUGGUCUUGCUUCAUGAAUUCAUUGUAUCCUCUAGGCGAGCAUCCAAAGUAUAAAGCUUAAGGCAUGUUAUAACACGUUUGUGUGAAUGUUUACAUUUUAAUCUGAAUUUAUAAUAAAGCAAGAUAAACAAAAA